AUGAGCCGCUCGCCGUCGCCGUCGCCGUCGCCUGCGCCGCCGGCCGCCGCGCCGCUCGCCGACGACCCGGGCCUCGCACCGCGCGCCCACCAGCUGCGCCUGCGCGCCCUCUGCAGCGCCGUGCGUGCGGCACAGGGCGCCGCCGACGAGGCGCCGACGCAUGCCCUGCGCGCCGCCCUCGCCGACACGGCCGCGCGCCUCGCCCUGCCGCACGCACACGUCUCGCUGCGCUCCGCACUCGCACUGCACGCCCUGCGCGCCGCGUACUCGCCCGAGGCGCUGCUCGCCGCGCUCGACGUCCUCGACGCUGCCACGCACGAGUCGGGCGCCAGCCGCCUGUAUGCGCCCGCCUUUGCCGCCGCCGUGUCGGCGCUGCUAGCCGCGCACUACGCCUGGGCCGGCCUGCAGCCCGACGACGACGAUGACGAGGGCGAAGCCCCGCCGCCGGCGCCGCUCGUGCGCGACCCGCUGGCGCACUGGCUCGGCAUCGCGCACGGCCCGCUGCUCGGCCCCGCCGGAUGGCGGCGCGCCAGCCUGCCGCGCCCGCAGCCGGCGCAGCCGGGCCUCGAGGAGCUGCUCGGCGAGGAGGCCGUGCGCACACGCAUGCGAGAGUGGUGGAGCCGCGUCGCCGGCGACGUGCGCCAGUCUCAGGUCGUUUGGAACCAGUUCCUCACAUUCGAGCUACUGCACCUCGCGCGCGACCGGACGUCGGAGCGCGUCGAGGCAGUGCGCGCCAUGUUCGCGGCGCGCAUGCGCCAGCCGCAUCACGACCUGCAAGCGACCUUCGAGCGCUUCUCCUCCUUUGUUUCAACGUACAUGCCCGCAGACGUCUACGAGAAGACGAUGUCGAGUGCCUCUGCGUCGCUCGCCGCGCCGCGAGCGGCCUACGCCGAGCUCACGCCCUUCGAGGAUGCGCUGCCGUCGUGGCGGCCAUACCUGCGGCAUGUCGGCGCUCUGCGCCCGCCGCACGCGCACAUCGACGCUAUCAGCGCCACGUACGAGCGUGCACUUGCGACGCUGGGCCUGCCUCAGGCGCUGGGCGGCGAGGCUGUGCCUGCGAGCGCCGAGCGCGACGAGGAGCAGCGCAAGGAGCGCCGGAGGAUCGGCGGACGCGCGUGGAAAGCAAGAGAGGAGGCCGAGGAGGCCGAGCUGCAGCGCAAGUGGAGCGAGGCGCAGGGCGUGUGGGAGGAGUACUGCUGGGCGCUCAGCAGCCCGCGCGUGUCGGGCACGUUGGUUCUGGACGCCUGUGCACGCGCGACCCGAGCGCUUCCCGCAUCGGGCGCUCUGUGGGGCACAUACCUGCGUGCACUGGCCCGGCAGCGGCGCAGCAAGACGCAGCUCGACGACGUCUUCUCCACGGCUGUCGCCAGCGGACUGCUGUCGUCCGAUGCACAGAUUGAGCUGCUCGUGGCGCGCAUCGACGCCGAGCGUGAGGGCGCAGCUGUCGCCCUCGCCGCCGCGCAGGGAUGCGAGCCGGCCGAGGCCAUGGCGCUGCUGCCGCGCGACGGCGAGCGCUUCAUGGACGUGUACGGCCUCAUCUCGUACUGCAUCUCGCUCGUACAGCCGCCGGACGCGGCCCUGCGUCUCGAGCGCCUCGCCGCCGACUGGGCCGACGCCGGCGGAGAUGCCACGCGCGCUCUUGCCGCGGAGAUCUGGCAGGCUGCACGUGCGGCGCAGCCGACCAACGCCGCUGCGUGGCUCGCCGAGGCGCAGUUUUGGAUGCGCGUCGGCGACGCAAAGCAGGCGCGCGGCCUCUUCAAGAUGGCCGCCAGCCGCGCAAACGUCGCGCCAAAGGACGAGCUGCUGCGUGUCUGGCUCGAGUUUGAGCAGAUCUACGGCUCGGCCGCCGAGGUGGAAUACGCGCGGGCACGCGGACGUGCCGAGCGCGAGCGCCAGUGGGAAGCCUGGUACGAGGCGUACGCCCAGCAGGCUGCGGCACCGGCCGCCGCGGCUGCACCCGCUGCUCCGGCUGACGUUUCCAUGACCGAUGCCACCGAGCCAAGUGCAGCGGACGACUCCAGCGCCGCGCAGCCGGAAGCCAGCUCUUCGAAGCGCAAGGCCGACGACGAGACGAUGGAGCCGGCGCAGAAGGUGUCGCGUGAGGCGCCGCCCAAGGCCCCGAAGCGCGACCGCGAGAACUGUGCCGUUAUCGUGGCCGGGUUGCCGCCGGACGCAACCGCCGACGACCUCGUCUCGCUCUUCAAGGACUGCGGCGCGUUCUUCGAGGCGCCGGACGUGCGCGUCUUCGGCAACGAAGCCGCUGCGCUCGUUGAGUUCGCCGCGCGCGAGUCCAUUCCCGGAGCCCGCACGCGCGAUCUCAAGCGCGUGCGCGGCCACGAGGUGCGGGUGCACCUCGGAUGGGAGUGCACGCUGUACGUGACGAACUUUGAAGAGACGACGGACGACGUAGCAAUCCGCGAGCUGUUCGCACCGUACGGCACGAUCUUCGACGUGCGCUGGCCCAGCCGCCGCAUCGCCACGAGCCGCCGCUUCUGCUACGUCUCCUACGCUCUGCCGGAGUCAGCUCGUGCUGCUCUCGAGCUGCAUGGCCGGCAGCUGAGCCAGCUGAACAAGCUGCAGGUGCUCAUGUCGGACCCUGCACGCCGGCAGGUGCGCUCCGACGAGCACGCAAGCGACCGUCAGCUGUACAUCUCCGGCCUGCCGCGCGCCGCGCGCCUCGAGGAUGUGCGCGCUCUGCUGGCGCCGUUCGGCGACGCCGUCGGCGACGUGCGUGUCCCGCUCAACCCGGACGGCUCGAACCGCGGCCUGGCGUUCGUCGACAUGCAGAGCGUGCUUGAUGCCCAGCGUGCCGUGGCAGAGCUUGCCGAUGCGCGCAUCAGCGGCAAGGCCGUGCGUGUGGCCCUCCAGCAGAGCAAGGUGCGCGCCGGCAUCAACGCCAGCAACGCUCGCCCGCACCUCGGCUUCGCGGAGCGCGCCCGCGCCGUCAAGGUCAGCGGCCUGCCGCACGACGCCCAAGAGGCCAAGAUCCAGCAGCUGUUCGAGCACGAGGCUGAGGGCCCCGGCAGUGUGCAGCGCGUCGACUGGACGCCGGGCGAGGAGGGCAAGGGCUAUGCGACGGUCGUCUUCCGCGAUGCCGCAACCGCCGGCCGCAUCUCGAUGCUGCCAGAGCUCGCGUACGAGGGCACGCCGCUCGGCCUGUCCCUGCUCGAGGCGGGCAGCGCUGCGGGCUUCGCGCCGCGCCUCGCCAGCCGGGGCCGGGGCCGUGGGCGCGCACGCGGCGGCCUCGGCUUUGGCGCGGCGGCGAGCUCGUCUCGCCCUGCGCAGUCGGCCCCCAUGGACGUCGACGCGGCGCCCAAGGGGCAGGACGCAUUCCGCGACAUGCUGCGCAAGGGCUAGGCACGCCUCAAAAGCGCUUCUCGCGCACCACCCAGCACGAUCCUACUACGUCACCGACACACACACACACACACACACACACCAUGCGCAGCUCUAGCGAGUCAUGAAUAAUAGGGACGCCCGAGAAAAUGUACAGAGUCGUCUAGCCUGUUGGGUCCGUGGUGCAACAGCGAGCAUUUUGAGUGCCGGAGCAGGCGCACGCGCUCAGCUCACUCUGCCUUGGCGCUGCCGAUCGUCGGCGGUGCGGCGCUGGCGCCCGAGCCGACGAGGUCGCCGGCGUCGACGGCACGGCGCUUGGCCGGCCGCUCCGAGGCGUUGUCGUCGCGCUCACGCUUGGCACCGUCGCCGCCGUCGCGGCGCCCUCCGCGUCCGCCGCCACGCCCGCCCCGCGCG